CGCCAGAGCUAUAUUUUGAUUCAAGGACUCUAAACCCAGAAAAUGCUCCCUCUAUGAGACCUGCACUAAUUAGAUGGCGAACACUCACGCCGACUCGACUCUUGAGCACAGUCAUCGAGAAAACUGUGUUGCCUCCCAACGAACUCUUAGCGCUUUGUAUUGAAAACAACCAGCUCAACAGGGCAGAACGCAUCCGAAAACGACUUGCCAAGCAGUCCCUUGCAAUCAUCCCGAACGCGCUCUACGAAGGCGCCGCGCUCGAACAAAUCCGGUUCCACGGGAAACAGAGCGUGCGCGAAUUCCUCGCGUGGAUUCGUCUUGUCCCGGACAACCUGCAGCCCGAGUGCGUCCGCGAUGUGCCACUCACGCGCACGCGGGAUCUGCUUUUACACACAGGCGCCCCCGCGCGUAAUCUGCACCUCAUCACGCUCUUCUCUCUGGUCUGUGCCGAAAAGGGAUAUGGGGCGUUGGUAUGGGAUGAUUUGGUGCGCUUGAUGACGGGAUACCAGCACCCUGACAAAGCCGUCUCGUUCUUCCUUGAGUACGAGAAAGCGUUGGUGGCCUAUUAUACCCGGUACCAACCCUCGAGGGCUGCAGAGAUAUCGAGGAAACAGAGGCAUCUGUUAGUGCAGUUGUGCUGCGAUGCGGGCUGGUUGGCAGAAGCUGCUGGCGUGGUGCGGGACAGUCCGGGGAUGCGACUGACUCGCUCUUGUGAGCGGCUGGUUGGACUGUUGCAGGGCCAAGAGGAGCUCUCGGAAGAGAUGGCUGUGAUUCAGCGACAUCUUCGUCGGCACCGUGCCCCCAAACCGCUCUCCACGGGGGCCAUCGUCAAGGGUGUGACGGCGCCGAUGCCUCGGGAAUGGAUGGCGACAGAACUGCGAGAGGUCAAAGCCGCCUUGUCGAAUCGGUCGCUUGCCAUGGACGAAAGCCCCGGAAACAGUCUGCACUCGUUCAUGGUUAACUACCGGGCCUCCCAGGGCCAUCCACGCGGGCUGACAAUUCUCCGAAAUCGUGCGGUUUCACUCUCCGAUGGCGCCAGCUACGUCUGGCUGUGUAAAGAGAUGUUCUUCUUGCGCGAGUCACGCAGGUUUGCUGACACGGUGACUCUAUUCAACGACAACUUUGACUCCACCUUUCUACCCGCAGCAGCCUGGCACCCGCUUCUUCAACACGCAUCUUCUUUGUCCCGUAAUCCACCGCUUGCGAAAGUGCCCAGUCGACUAGCGAUCACCCCUGCCGAUGCUUGGAUCAUUUGGCACGCACUGAUCCGCCUUUCGGCGCGCUUAGAGUCUCCUCUCAACAUCUUGCGCACAUUGCACUAUUCAGCUGCGCACUACUCAUCGCAAUUGAGCCGACAACAGUUUUGUGCUUAUCCGACCUCUUACGUGGCUGUGUUCCGGAGCCUUGUUGCGGCGUAUGGGAGAUUGGGUCGGGUCGAGGAUGCUAUCGCUGCUGCCGGCGAUGUCCUCGUCAUCAAGCAACUCCAUCCAUCGAAUGUGGGCAUCGCGGAUGAACUGGCGGGGGUGCAUGCUCGAUGCGGCGACAUUCAAGCUGCCAACCGGAUGCUGGAUGGUUUGGAAGCCCUUGGACCCCGACCUGCUUCCUAUGGCUUAAUCAUGGACGCUUACCUGGACAAGGGUUUGACCGAGGAGGCUUUCAAACUGGAAUCGCGUAUGAUGAAGAAGAUCCGAUACAUUCCAGGGAAAAACUGGAGACUGGACAAGACGCUAACUAGAUUGGAAGCAUCUCGAUAA